UUUGUCUUCCCUUAGCUUCUCUCCAGUUCAGAAUUGCACUUUUAACUUGCGACGACAUCUGGCAUUUCUCUCCGCGAACCUGUCAGUUUUGUAUCACUGCUUUGACACCAUUGACACCCAAUCCGAUGAGGCCUUAUUAGCUAGUUUACAGUACAAGCAAACGGCGCAAAUCCCGGCCUACAAAUCUUGUGACCCCCCCAUCAGCUUGAGGUCCUUCUGACAACCUUCAGCUCUAAUAACUCAGACUGAACUUUCACUUUUUCCAACUACUGUUAAACCAUCAAGCUAUUCUACUAGGAAGUUAAUACUUCAGGAGAUUCCAGGUCGAAAUACCGCGACACGCAGCCUACAGUAUUCUUGGUGUUGAUCCUUUCCGUAUCAGCCUACAGCUAUUGAGGUUUCUCUUCUACCCCGCUACCGCCGCAGAGUGACGCACCUCAGCGGUGAAUCCUUCACCACCAGUUGACAAACUCAACUCUUCAUUUACUCCAUAGACGAUCCCCCUAAGAACCAAAGUUUACUUUAGGCUCAAGGCUUGGAGAUGUCUUAUAGAACUAGUCGGUCCGAUGUGGACGAUAGAUAUUAUGAAUCCGGUCCACCGCGGAGGGCACCGGCUCGGGAUGAUGAUCUUGAGCCCUUACCGCGACGUCGCAGCCCACCUCGCAGAGCACCCGUGAGGGAGUAUGAAGACAUAAAUAUCCAAGUCCAAGACCGGGAACGAGAGCGAAAUGACCGCACUCCUGCAUUUCUUAGAGAAGAUGUUAGAAGGACAGAAGCCGGACCGCUAGUCCUGCGUCAGCGUGAAGUUGAGACAGUUGACCGGCGACGUCCUCGCAGCCCCAGUCCUGUUCACUACCGGGAGCGCAUUGUUGAGAGGGACCGUGAGCGGGCUCCUUCGAUGCCUCCGGAGCGUCGGCCUAGAUUUAUCGAACGAUCACCAUCUCCACCUCCCACCGCCGUGCGAGUAGAAUCCCGCACAAUUGAAAGGCGACGUGAGAGGUCACCAACCCCGGACAGGGAUCGGGAUCUCAUCCGCCUACGCAUUGAACGUGAAAAGGAGCGUGCUCCCUCACCUAGUCCUUCACCCCCGCCACCACCUCCCCCACCAGCAGUUAUUCGAGGUCCUACAAUCGAGCGUGAGGUCAUCACGCACUAUCGUGACAUUGACCACGGUCUCAUACGGGCUAAACCUCCAACUCCACCCCCACCCCCGCGUACUGCACCGCCUCAAACUAGAGAGCGGGACAUAGAUAUCGAUAUUGAUAUCCGCCGUAAUGAGACAGAUGUUGAUAUCCGCGAACGAACUCGGUCGCGGUCUCGCCCGCGCGUCGAGCGCCCUCGUCCGCGCAGGCAGCCAACUUACUACGAUGAGGACGACUUGAUAAUUGAGAGGGAUCAUGACAUGCUUCGUGUGGACUCUCGACGAAGAGCUCAUUCUGCUGCACCACCCCCAAAACCAGACUAUGAGGAUGAAGCUGAAUACAUCACCGAUAAGCUCGACUCACGGGGUCGCGUGGGAGAGGCAUGGAAUGGCGCUACUAAAGACUGGACAAUCGUCGACGUGCCGCCCGGCACGGAGCGCGUGAAAAUGGAUGGUGUAGGAGGUGCCGCCGCCGAAGUGACCUGGCAGCGCUACAGCGGUGUGAGACGGUCUAAGUUCAUCCCUGAGCGGGAGGGAACACCUAUCAGCGCCGUAAGUGAACCAAUUCGAGAAACAAUUCGAGAAUCUUUUCGGGAACGCGAGCCAUCAGGUGAACGAGACCGGCUCAGCAUACAAGUAUACGAUAAACGAGAGAGAUCGCGCGACCGAGACGUUGAAGUUGAGGAGAUCCAAGACCGACGGAUUUCGAUCCGCGAUGGCGAUAGAGCGCCACCUCGGAAGCGCAGCGAGAUGUGGACCGAGAUUACUAAGGAUCUCGUGCUUCGUGAAGCUAUCGAACGGACGGGGUACGAGUAUGAGGAGACAGAGUGGUUCUUCUACGUUAUGCAGUACCUACGCUAUGAGGACGUUCUUGAACUCGUGAACUUGUCGGACGACAUCCGCCGCGCCAAGCGACGCAGAGCCGAAGAGGCUCAGUGGAGCCGCGAUUGGGACCGGCGACACCGCCAUCGACAUUCCUUGAACUGGGAUACUGUCGAUGACGAGCGCAUCGUAGAGCGUGAGGUUGUGUAUGAUCGCCCGUCGCACCGCGGGUAUGCCCGUUAAGUCGCUACUCACGGCACGGAUUAUUCUAUAUCCUAUGAUUAGGCGUGUCUGCCUCGUGCUAUAGUUGGGUUCUCUCGACUUUCAGCUUUCAGGCGAGAACAGUAGACCGUAGUGGCGGGGAUAACCGGUAACACCCAACGCCAUCGAGAACACCACUCUCCAAACACGAAAUG